GAAGCGGAGACUGCGUCUACGAUAGUCAUUCAGUCAGACGCUUAAUAUAGUGGGUGCUUGGUGUCUGUAACGUUCCGUCGCGUUGCGUAAUCGUUUAAAAGAGCGAGCGAGACAGGAUAGAAGGAAAAAUCGUGGUCGGAAAAAUUCUGUCGUCCGUGCCUCGCGGUGCCGUCGAACCAGGCACACUGCCUCUCGUGGAUCAAGAGAUAUGCCGAAGAGUGGAGUCGAAUAUUGCUGACGUGACAAAGGAUGCGAGUGGAGGUCCCGUUGGAGGAUCGGUAACGAAGGGCCAAAGCCAGCAGGAGCAAUCUGGGACGGAACAAACAUCGAUAAAGACGGCUGACAAUCCGCCGGAGACCACCACAGCGGCUCCAAUGUUGAGUCAUUUGAAAUACGAGCAUUUCAUCGCCGGUACGUCCGGCGGUGUAAUCUCGUCGUUGAUAUUGCAUCCGUUGGAUUUGAUCAAGACCAGAUUUGCAGUGAACGAUGGCCGUUCGCAAUCCACUCCGCAAUACAGAGGACUGCUGAACGCGGGUCGACAAAUCCUUAAGACUGAAGGUAUGCGAGGACUUUACAAAGGUGUCACGCCGAACGUGUUAGGGUCUGGCGGCUCUUGGGGUUGCUACUUCUUAGUUUACAACACCAUUAAGGGUUGGAUUCAGGGUGGAAAUAGUAAGAAGCCUUUGGGACCUUCAGUGCACAUGGCGUGCGCAGCACACGCCGGGGUUAUUACCUUGCUUAUGACCAACCCAUUUUGGGUAGUAAAGACACGUUUGUGUUUGCAAUACAAGGAAGAUAAGAAUCUACCGGAAAAGUUUCGGUACAAAGGCACAAUAGACGCGAUUAGGAAAAUUUACAGAACUGACGGAAUCCGUGGUUUGUACCGGGGUUUAGUUCCGGGAUUGUUCGGUGUUUCUCACGGUGCUAUUCAAUUUAUGGUGUACGAGGAGUUGAAAAACAGGUACAACACGUACAGGGAUGUUCCUAUUGACACCAAUUUGGAUACAUGGGAGUAUAUGUUUUUCGCCGCAGUUUCGAAAUUGGUAGCUGCAGGUGGUACUUAUCCCUAUCAAGUAGUUCGGGCACGUCUUCAAGAUCAUCAUCAUAACUACAGUGGCACUACUGAAUGCGUGAGAAUGAUCUGGAGAUUUGAAGGUUGGCGUGGCUUUUACAAGGGUCUGAGUGCGAACCUAACCAGGGUGACUCCAGCAACCGUGAUCACGUUUAUUACUUAUGAAAAUGUGCAUCGGUAUCUACAGGAACUGAGAAAAACGCACACUAUCGAAGAAGAUAGAAGGCACCAGCCGCUUUUGAUUAAACAAACUUGACAUUCAAAGUAUGCGCGUGAAACGUUAUCAAGGAAAUCCGAUGUUGCGUUUAAUGUAUAGAUAUUAGUACUUUUUUCUGUGGAUCAAUUUCGGGGACUCGACUUUCACUUUAAAACGUAAUCGUGACGGCUGCGAUUUACCAAAUGAAUACAUACGCCACCAUUGAAUGAAAAUGUUAAUUAAAUCGCAAUAGUAUAGUAUAGUUUCAAUUAGUUGAAUCGAUGGUUAGAAAACUUUAUUGCAACCGUUGCGUCUAUCCAGUCUUCUGUAGUGCUAUGCACCGCACUAAUCCUGCGGUGUCAGUUUUAAAUUAAGUGUCAAUAGAACGAUCGAAUUCUUUAGAAGUAUUUUAUAAUUUCACUAAUACCAAACUUAUCGGAAACCUAAUAUUGAACGCUGAUCAUUCCAUUUUCGAGUUGCACGCAUUAGAAAAUCAACUCAGUAUUGCACUAUUUAUUCAUUGAAUCAUUUCAUUACUACGAUGUAAUAUUAAUGAAUACGACGAUAGAGAGGCUAACGUAAUAAAUGUGAAAGGGGAGCAAUAAAAAGCGGAGAUGCAUUUUAUGUUGAAUGUCUUUUUACUGUUUUACUCACAUUACUACUCAUACAAUAGUCGUGUAUGUCUUCAUGGUUGGGGAACGCAUGAAUUAUAUUCAGUAUUCUGUAGUUUGUAACACUAAAAUUACCGGUGGCCAACACGCGUAUGUUCCUAUGAGACCGGUGAUCUCCGGUAACGUAUAGGCUUGUAAGUUGUAUAAAAAAAUGGUAAACCACUUGCUGUCAUUGUUAUGUGGUUCUAGUAUUAGCAUCGUAACUUGUUCAUCUAUUCUCGUUGAGAUCGUAGCGAGUGAUCAAUGCCAGAGGACUUCGGGGACAUUUUGUAUGAUAAUUAUCGCAGUUUUUCGUGAAUUCUGCUUCGAUGACCUCACUUGGAAGAUCUUCAUCCUGCGAAGAGGA